GGCGGAGUCUGCUGGAAAGAAAAUAAAUCGAAUGUUUCCGAAUCCCGGGAGACAUUAAAGUGCCUAGUUUCGUUUCCAGGUUGGGAGGGGGGGGGGAAGCCCGUGAGCAACAUUCGGCAGCGUCGUCGUCUCUUGGCUGGGAAGCAUCCGGAAAAAGCAACAUGGCAAGCAGAGGCGGAGCCACCCGACCCAACGGGCCCAACGCCGGCAACAAGAUCUGCCAAUUCAAGCUGGUGCUGCUCGGGGAGUCCGCGGUGGGGAAGUCGAGUCUGGUCCUCCGCUUCGUCAAGGGACAGUUCCAUGAAUUCCAGGAAAGCACCAUCGGAGCGGCCUUCCUGACUCAGACGGUAUGCUUGGACGACACGACGGUCAAGUUUGAAAUCUGGGACACGGCCGGACAGGAACGCUACCACAGUCUGGCCCCCAUGUACUACAGAGGCGCUCAAGCCGCCAUCGUGGUCUAUGACAUCACCAACGAGGAGUCAUUUGUCCGGGCAAAGAACUGGGUCAAGGAGCUCCAGAGACAAGCCAGUCCCAACAUCGUCAUUGCGCUGGCCGGCAACAAAGCCGACCUGGCCAGCAAGCGAGCGCUCGACUUCCAGGACGCACAAUCGUACGCCGACGACAACAGCCUGCUCUUCAUGGAGACGUCGGCCAAGACGUCGAUGAACGUCAACGAGAUCUUCAUGGCCAUCGCCAAGAAGCUCCCCAAGAACGAGCCCCAAGCGGCCGGCGCCGGCGGCGGGCGGAACCGAGGUGUGGACCUGACCGAAACGGCCCAGCCCAGCAGCCGCAGCUGCUGCAGUAACUAGGAGGUCCGUGGCGGAUACGGUUAACAAAAUGCCCAACAAGCCCCCACCACCACCACAAAAAAAAAAAAAACACACACACAUCAGCUUCCUUCCCUCGCUCCUCACGUCCCUCCCCAGUUCGGAAUAGCGAAAGACUUUGUAUAGCAGCAUUUCUAUAACUUUUUUUUUUUGUUGUUGUUGUUUAUUGUUGUUGAUGUUCCUCCUUAUUUUUGCAAUUUUUUUUUUUUUUAAAGAAGAGUAUUUCAGUACAGUGGAUGCAUGUUAUCACUACAACGCCCGAGGCAAAUACCCUUUCACCCUCUUGUCGUAAACAAGCCCCCCCCCUCCUCACCCACAAUAUGGCUCUCAUCCUACCUCCCCCCCCCCCCACUUUCCAGUUCUGUCAUGAGAAAACCCAUCAGGAGAGAUUUUUUUUUUAAUUAUUUUUUUUUUUUUUACUAUAUCCCGGAGGAUACGUGAAUGAUUUACCCCCAGCACCCCCACCCUGAGUCAACACCGCACGUGUAGAAAAAAAAAAAAAAAAACACACAACAAAAGAGAUUCCGAACAAUUGUACAGUUGGUUAUGCUUUUUAUUUUUUUUUAUUAUUAAUUAUCUUCUCGUCUCCCAACUGGUGAAGCUGUGGUGUUUCUUCUUUUUUUUUUUUUUUUAAAAAAAAGAUUAUUCUAAUUAGCUCUGUGUAGUGUUAUUAACAAACCAAACACAAAAAAAACCUCUGGUGUCACGUUGGAAAGGAACUUUUAAUCGCAUUUGCACACAGUGUUGAUCAUCAUGUCUUCAUUUUAUACGAGCGAGUGCUUGUGACCCGCUAACGGCUCGAUGGGUUUUAACCGCGCGGCGGGCCCCAUCGGUUUUUGAGUGUCUGAAUACGACUUAAUAAAUUCAAUAAAGAUUGCCUCUCUUCUA